CAAUCCAAGAGAUAUAGAUGUUAAAAUAAUUGAUUUUGCCAAUUGUACUACUGGCAAAGAUUAUUUACCUGAAGAAUGUAAAUAUCCUCCACGUGAAGGUUACGAUAAAGGGUACUUAUUAGGGCUUAAAAAUUUAUGUCAGUCCUUUGAAAGGAUAUACAAAGAUACUAAUGGUAUUAAGCCCGAAGAUGUUGGUGAAGAAGAAGAAGACGUUUUUUCUGAAAUUUGUGAAGAUCAUGAUGAUAAUUGCUCUGGAUAG